UAUAAUAUUCCAAGUACGAAUAUUUAAUUUGUAAAAUUUCCCGCGUUUUAUUUCUCGGUCGAUAAAUAGUUGGUCAACAAAAAAAAAGUUUCUUAUGUGUAAGAAUUUGUUUGAUGAGUCCUCCCAGUCAUUUUAGCAGAUAGAAGACUUUUCUCUCUGUUUGGUUAUCUUUAAUUAUCGGCUUUGUUUGUUUACUCAUACGAUUCAAUUUUUCAAUAAAAACACUUGGAUACAUGUGAGAAUUUUUGGGAAGCUAUUUUUAUUGUAUCAAAAGGUAUUUCAACUUUUGAAUAAUCAUGGUAGAUGAAAAGAAAGAAGAAUUACAAAGAAAAUUAAGACAGUUCUUCAAAUUUGAAUCAUUUAAAUCAGAAGAUCAGUAUUAUGCUACCUUAACUGUAAUGUCAGCAGAAAAUUCGGAUGUUCUAAUUAAUUUACCUCCUGCUGCUGGAAAAUCUAUUUGUUUUCAAUUACCAACAAUGUUAUGUCAUGGAAAAACUACUAUUGUAAUUGUACCCAACAAAUACAUUGCCGAAGAACAAAUAAAAUUUCUAGAAGAACAUAAUAUUAAAGUAUCUUAUGGUUAUUCGAAAAAUGAGAAAUGUAAUAUACUAGAAAGUUUUGAAAGAUUUGAAAAAAAAAUCAAAUUCAUUUAUGUGACGCCACACAUGCUUAUGAGUGAUUGGUUUCAGAGUUUUUUGAACACGUUGGAUGCUCAUAAUUUAAUUUCAUUUAUUGUAGUAGAUGAAGCACAUUGCAUGAGUGAACACUACGAAAGAUCUGCAGAAUUAUAUAGAAAAAUUUGUCAAAUACGAGAUGUUUAUUCUCAUAUCAAGUUCAUUGUUCUGACUUCAAUUGGUACAGAAAAUAUUAUAACAGAUAUAAAAAACUAUUUACAAUUAAAAAACCUUCGAGAAAUAAGCCACUUAGAUUGGCAGCUUCCAAAUAUCUAUCUUCAAGUAAAAUAUAAAGAUAUUUUAGAUAAUCCACUCGAUGACAUGAGAAAGCUCAUUGAAAAUUUUAUGAAAAUUCCACAAGAGUUUUCUGGAAUUAUUUCUUGUUCAAAAUGUGAUGAAACAAUUAUGAUUACAGAAUACCUAACUAAAAUUGGUAUUCCUACAGGAGCAUAUUGUUCAAAACUAAAAAAAAAGCAAAGAGAACAAAUUGAGAAGGAUUGGAUGAGUGGAAAUAUCACAAUAUUAGCAAUUACUCAUAAAUUCGUAAUGAAAUUCAAUAAGCCUUCGAUUAGAUGUAUUAUUCACUGGUCUAGUCCAUUAAGAAUAGAACAAUAUUAUCGACAAAUUGGAAGUCAUUUAAAAAAUAAUACUGCAAUUCUUUGCCGAAUUUAUUUCGGUAUUGAGGAUUGGAUAAAUAUGCAGGUCACUGCUAUGGGAGUACCUAGUAGAACUUUUGAAGGAUUUGGGAGUAUGAUACAGUAUUGCAUGUCUACGGAAUGUCGUCAUAUGGUGUAUUCAGUAUAUUUUGGAAUAAACAUAAACCCUUGUGGUGAUGCUUGUGAUUUUUGUGAAAAAGAGUCUUUUGUUAUGACGAGACAGAAAAAGUUCCGAGAAUUCGUUGAUCAGCGUGGUAUGUUACCAAAACUUAAACAGAAACCUAUUUUACAAGUUUAUAAUCUAAACAAGAUUGAAGGAAUUGUGAAAAAUCUUGAGCCUGAAGAUAGAUAUAAUAUUUAUAAGAUUUUACAAAAAGCUCUAUAUGACAAUUACGAAGGAUCAUCUUGUAUAAAUAAGCCAGACAUAGAAACUAAAUAUCUUUUUCAUUUGGCAAGAGGAUUGGAAUAUUCUAUUUUUUCUACAAGCUAUGAAGGAUCGGCAUACAAACACAGAAUGACUGAAUUGAUAAAAAAUAUCAAGGAAUCAACAGCUUCGAAAGAAUUGUCUAAUUACAUUUUAAAUUAUAAAUUCCAAAUUACAUAAAUUAAAAAUUUUAUAGCAUAAAUAUUUUUUAUACAAAUUU